AUGGUCGACACGGUGCGCCGGCUCGACCCGUUCCGCUGGAAGGCGUUUCAGGUGCUGUACGUCGAGGGCAAGAACGACGCCGACGAGAAGGACCUGCGCAUGAGCAAGCGGAAGCGCAACGCGAAGAAGCUGCUCAUCUCGGACGCGCAGUUCGAGGCCUUCUGCGAUAGGCACAAGGAGCUCGCGUGCAUCGUGCCCGAGCCGAACUCGGUCAUGGCCGCGAGCUACCUGCUGGUUGAUGAGUUCUUCUGCUUUCUGGAUAAGGGCGGCGGCGUCGAGAAGCAGUCGCGGUCGAUCUUGGAGGUCGGGGUGGAGACGGCGCUGAGCGAGGUGCGCUGGGAUAAGAAGGCGUUUGGUGAGCGUGGAGGCGUGUACGACUGGACGAAGGAUGCAGAUGAGGUUCUUGGAGAUGGAGACGGGGAUGCAGAGGGCGGCUGCGGACCUGCGGGCAAGGAGUCGUUGGAUUGGUAG